AUGGAGCGGGCGGCGAAGGUUCCUCCCUGCGCCUCGGAGCAGUGGCCCCUGAAGCGCUACGGCCGCUUCGUGCCCGCGGGCACCGACCGCUUUGGGGCCGCUGCUGAGGCGCCGCCGGGUUCCGACCCCUCCGCCUCCUGGAAGGUAUUUGAUUCUAAUGAUAAAUCUGGUUCUCUUGUUCUCACCAUAGUCGUAUCAGGUCAUUUCUUCAUUUCUCAAGGACAGACCUUACUGGAAGGAUUUUCACUCAUCGACAGCAAGAAGUGGCUGAAGAUUGUAAGGCGGGUGGAUUGUUUACUGUUUGGAUCGACAAUAAAGGAUAAGAGUCGCAUGUUCCGUGUACAGUUUGGAGGUGAUUCUAAAGAACAGGCCCUGGAAAACUGCUGCUGUUGUGUACAAAAACUUGAACAGUACAUAACAAUCCAGGUUCCUGAUGAGCUGAGCCAGGAACUGCAGCCAGGCCCUAGCCAGCUGACAACCACGGAAAGUCAAGUGAAGGACAGUGAGCAGAGUGGAAUGCUGCAUCAUGGAUUACAUCUGAAUUUAAAACAGCAUUAUGCAUCUUCCUACACCUUUCCAGAAGGAAGGAUAACAAUGGUACAACUAGCACAGUCUAUCCUGACAUCAGCAGAACUACCACUUGCCUAUGAGCAAGCUGCAUGGAAUGCAGAAGAGUUAGGUCCCUUCCUGAAGUUGUGCCUUAUGGAUCAGAAUUUCCCAGCCUUUGUUGAAGACGUAGAGAAGGAACUGAAGAAGUUGACAGGGUUGGAGAGUUAAUGUUGUCUACAUAAAUAGC